AUGAUUUAGUCUAGAUCAGUGAUUCCCAAAGUGGGGUAUAUAGACCCCCCCCCCCCAAUGGGUCUAUCUAUGCCAAUCUAUGGCAACUUCCAAGGGGUCCAGGAGAGUGAAAAUAUAAAUUGGGGGUCUGUAAUAGUGGAUCUCAUAUAAGAAUAUCAAGUCUCUAGAUUUUAUUUCCUAUUAAUUCAUGAUUUGUAUCUUAGUUGAUCCUUUGAAUUUCAACCUUAAUGAAUUUUUUUUAAAUUUUAAAAUUGUAAAUCAUAUAUAAUAUAAAUAUCUUAAUUGUGUUUACAUGAAACUAAUAUUAAAUAUAAUCCAAAAAGAAAUGUAGACAAUACAGUGUUGAUUAUUGGGCUUCUUUCCUUCCACUUCUUUCCUUCCAUGUGCAUGUUUUACAACUAAGUUUUUUAAUUUUAAGUAAUGACGCAAUGAAAGCUGGAGGAUCAUUUGAGACAACACCUUGAUAAAAUAUAUAGGCUUAAAGAUUUUAAACACUUAAAUAUAAAGUUCAGAAUAGGCGCACAGAGCACAGAAUCUUCGCUUCAACAUUAUAAGAUGUGACUAUUUGCUAGCGUCUUUUAUACUAUCUCUACCUAUAGCAAAAUCUGAAACACUGCACACCAUACGCAAACAUUAAAUUUGCUAGCUAUGAAGAAACUAAAAACUGUUUUACACAAACCAUUAUAUGAUAUCAUAAACAAAAUUCAUGUAAGCAACAAAUUUUACAGUUCAAAGGCUUUUUGGUGAAUCUUUUUAAGUUAACCUUGCCUGGUAAUGAAUCAGUAUUAUUGGUAUAUUUUCGUUUUUGUAUGAAUUAAAAAAUGCAUGAGGAACUGCUCUUUGUCGAGAACUUAUCAAUAUCUCCUUAAAACUAAGUUUUAAAAUAUUUUUGUUUCUCUUUUUGACACUAUUUUGGAAUUCUUGGAUCCAAAUUUAAACUAAAUAGUAAUCAAGCAGUCUAUUGAGCUGAUUUUUUCAUAAAAUCAAUGAGAUUAACUUGCAGCUACAAGGUGAUAACUUAAAUUUGUUAAAAACUUAGUUCAUAAUGUCAUCAUCUGUUAUCAAUCAAAAUUAUUGAACAUGGCGAAUUUUUCAAAUUUCCAAACUUAGAACAGUCAUUAAUCAGGAAGCUAAUGUUUUGACUUAUAUUGAACAUUUUAAGGCCCUCUUUAUCCCAACUUUUAGCUAAGGUUUGGGGAUAUUCUGAAUAUGGCAAUACCUCAAUAAUCGAUCCAUAUGGUGAUGACACAGGAAAGACAGAUAUGUAACAUUAUAACAACUUCUCAAAUAAAUGCUAUUAUAAAUCUUAAAGUACAAUUUAAAAAAUAGAAUCCAGUCUUCUUUUGAAAUUUUAUUUUCGAAGCAGCCCACUAGGUGGUUUACCAGGUUUUUUUUUUGUUUGUUUGUUGGUAAAUGCAUUUAAUAAAUAUUUUAUUUUAUUUUGUUUCCAUUUAAUUAGAAUUUUAGUAAUAAAUUUAUGUGACUUGGCAAUCAGUGAAAAAAACACAUUCAAAGUUGAUGAAUUUAAAAAAAUACAUACCGGUAAUUAGAUAAGCAGGGAGUCUACCAAAAAAUUUUAAAUUAUGACAAGACAAAAAAGUUUGGGAACCACUGGUCUAGAGAAACUUGUAAUUUAUAACUAUUAAUUAGUUUAGAUCAAGUGAUUCUAGUCAUUGUACAAUCUAUGUAUCUAGAUGUAGUAGCUUAGCAGAAACAAUCAAAAUAAGGGAGAUAUGAAUAAAAAACAGUGAGCUGUCCGCUAGGUGCCCUGUCCGCAAAACAUACUUUACUCUAGACUUUAGUCUUAUGUCCAUCUUCAUCUUGAGUAUAGAGUACUAUAGAGACUUAAAAUUAUAGUGUCAGAGUAUGUAGACUCUAUAGAGUCUAGCCAGGAUUUUAAAAUAUAUAUAAAUGAGUAUGUGUGUGUGUACAUAAUUAAUCUUUAUUACAUAUUCUGACCCUUCAUUCUUUUCGGAAGAUGUUUAUUGUACCCUACUAUAGAUUCUUCCUGGAGUUAGUGGAAAAAUUGUAAACUCCCAGCCAUUGCCAGCAAGGAGGUCUGGGGGAGCGCUGUGAGAUCCACUAGUGCAAGGCGGAGCCAGGAUUUUUUUCCAGUGGGUUCAGGGCGGAGCCCUGCCACCAAGCACUAUUUCCAGUAUUGAAAGCCCACAAAAUGCAUAUUCUGAGGUACCGGUAUCUACAGUGCAUUAUUCUGCUAUUAAAAAGUUUUAUUUCAAAAACCUAAUCUGCUAUUCCUACUUACUUAGAUCCUCCCGCGCUGUUCGGUGCAUUGGUUGGCAAGCUACUUCCACAAAAAUCUGUCACUGGCAAUGUCUGAAGCCUCUUCACAUCUGCUCUGAGGACCUCCAUGAAAGUGUGGCACCAAGAUGUCCCUGUUUGUGCUUUUCUCAUUAUGGCCUCCAUGUCAUCGCAACUCUUAUUAUGCGUAAUUCAUUUUGUUGGAGAACAUGUCCCACAAACCUCAUGCGAUGCUCUGUCACAAUCUUACUAAGGUGUCGAAUCCCAGUUCGGCAUAGGAUUUCCUUGAUUGAGACCCGAUCUCUAUAACUGUCUCCUAAAAUCCCUCUAAGCCAUCUUUGUUGAGCCACAUUUAGUCUUUUUCAAUUUCGGCAGAUGACUAUUCACUGCUCUUUAGUAAUGGAGCCCAGCAGCCACUGGUAGAAAUUUGUAACCACUCUUGGCUACGCUCUUGGAAUUAGGUGACUGUAGUUUGCUUUAGAUUUUGUAUCGAAAACAUCAUUUGUUGGGGGGGGGGGGGAAGGGUUAAACUUUAAAAAUCUCUGGAGUAAUUAAAAAAAAUUUUUUUUUUAAACUUAGCUACGCUCAUAGAAUUUGAUGUCUAUAGUUUGCUUUAGAAUAAAAUUGAAGAGAGAAGUUUUCAACCUCAAAACUCUCUGUAUGGGGGUAUUUAACCAUCUGUAGGGGUUUUAAACUUUAAAAACGCUCUCUGGAGGAGGGGGGUUUAAACUCAAACACCACCUCCCAGGCUUAGCUACGGUCAUAUAAUUUUGAGUGUGUAAUUUGCUUUUUUAUAUUGAAAAGGUGAUUUUUAGCAGCAAAACCAGCUGGAGGGGGGUUUUAAACACAAAACUCCUCUUGGCUAUGCUCAUAGAAUCUGAUGACUGAUGUAUGGAUAGUCUUAUAUGUCUUGUAUUAAAGAGGGGGUUUUAUCAUAAAUUUCUGAGGGGGUUUUAAAAUCAAAAUCUUCCUUAGCUAUGCUCUUGGAAUUUGGGGAUUGUCGUUUGUGUUAUUUUUUAAAAUUUGGUUUUGUUGUAUAAAAGAGGGGUUUGACUGCAAAACCCCCUGGUAGGGGGGUUUAAACUCAAAACCCCCAUUGGCUGCACUGGGGCAAGUGAUGGUUUAGUAUUAAAAUCUCAACGAAAAUAAACAAAAUCAAAGCAGAAAAUCAGUCACUAAAUUCCGAUCACCCCCCCUCCAGCAGGGGGGGGGGGGGUUGACACCACCAGCCCCGUCUACCCCCAUGGUCUAGUCCUGUAGAUUCUAGCUAGUAGCAGUACUCAACUCUACUUUAGAUUAAGAGCCAGUAAGAUUCGUUUGAAAGAAGAAAAAUCACUAUUUGAAUUUGAAAGAGUCAUUUUAUACUUUUUCUUAUUUAAGAGCUACAUUUAAAGCAAUAGGUUCUAUAAACUCUUGCUCUCCUAUUUGACCACCCUUAUGUAUCCUAUUCUACAUUGACAAAGAUCAUGACUGUUGAUGUUGCUUUGGAAUUCGGAUGACCAUAUUAAAUUAACAUGGAAGAACUUAUCACAGUCAAAUGAACCUGGACCCUGAAAGUUUAACAGGCUCUUAAGGACAGUCAUACUUGGUAAAUCACUAGGUGGCAGAAAGAUGAUAAGAAAAAAAAAGUAGGUUGCUUUAGCUUCAUGGCUUAUUCUUAAAAUAGCAACGACAGAAUGUUUAAGUUGUGAAAAGUUGUGCAGAAUUAUGAGAGAAUAAAGAAGAAUCAAUACUCUCUUUGUGUGCAUGCAAAUUUUAAGUCAAGAAACAAAUAUCCGGGUAUUUUUGACAUGAGAUGGGCUAACCGGAACCUUGAUAUGUUUGUUUCUUUUCCACUGGAGUGCCAGUGAUGUGUCAACCCAAAAUCAUGAACACUCAGAAGGGUAGAACCAUGUAUGAGGAUGAAUAUGUAGAUUCUGCUUUUGAAUGGUCUUUUUUGGAACUUACAGAUCGCAUGAAACAAUUUAUAUCAGAUGAUGAGCACUCUGUUAUUUACAAGAAUAAUCUUGACAAGCCAGUUCAGUAUCAUAGAAUUAGUGAUACUGGUAUACCUAGAAGACAGUCAGGGGAGAUAGAAGAUGCAGACUCUGGACACAAGCUUGAGAUCCCAAUGCAAGCUUCAGUCAGACUUUUGGAGUUUAAGGAGACUAUCAAUGGAUGGGAUUUCAACAUCUUCACACUGAACAGCUUAACCAAUGGCCAUGCCAUGCAGGCUAUGUGCUAUGAAAUUUUCAAAAGUCAUAACUUAUUGAAUGAGUUUCACCUACAGGAAUCACAGUUUAUGCGUUUUAUAAUUCAGGUUGAAAAACAUUAUAGAAGAAAUCCAUAUCAUAAUGCAACUCAUGCAGCUGAUGUGUUACAGACUGUCAACUGUAUAAUAAAACAGACAGGAUUUGUUAAAUUAAUGAGUAACUUGGAAGUUUUCUGUAUUCUCUUGACAGCCGUUGUACAUGACAUUGAACACACUGGCACUAAUAAUAAUUUUCAUAAUAAUUCCAACUCAGAGCUUUCUAAACUUUAUGUUGUGUCUAUUCUGGAAAAUCAUCAUUUACGAGUUGGUCUUCGCAUGAUGGCUGAGUUCAAAAUCCUUCAGUUUCUAACCAAAGAAAUGUAUCAGGACUUCAAAUUUAUGAUGGCCACAAUGAUAUUGUCUACUGAUAUGGCUAACCACUUCCUACUGAUCACAAAUGUCAAGUUAAUGCUUCUAACAUCAACCAAAUGCUCAACACGCAUAAGGAUUCAGAGAAUUAUGAUGUUUAUACUUCAUGCUGCAGACAUCAGUAACCCUGCCAAACCUUGGGGUGUGCAUAAAGUCUGGGUGUCAUUGUUAUGUGAGGAAUUUUUUUUACAGGGUGACAAGGAGAGAGAGCUCAAAUUACCUGUCUCUCCUAACUGUGAUAGAAAUACUGCAAACAUUGCAACACUGCAAAUUGGAUUUAUGCAAACAUUUGGCAGAGAAACUUUUGAUGUAUUGGAUGCCAUGGUAGAAAAAGAAAUAGUGAAUGCUGGUGCAGUAUAUACUGGAUAUAAACCAUGGCACAGUUGUCUGGAGGAGAACAUGACUAAAUGGAAUGGGAAAUGGAAGUAUAUCAAGUAUGAGCAGAUAGAAGAGCUUCUGAUUGAAACAGCCCAACAUCGAAUGAGUAUACCUACUCACCAAACUACUGUCCGAGUGAAGCAUAGAAGUUCUUUGAACAAACUCUGCUGUUGCUUCUGCUGCAGGAAUAAGCCAACAUUCAGACAAGAAGAAUCAUCUUAUGCUUUCAGCAUUGACAAAUGACGGUAGCUGGGAAGCAAGAUUUUUGUGUCUGAUUAAUGUUCUCAUUUUCCCUCCACUCCUGUUGACAUGCCUCUUUUGGAUUGUUGUAUUCUGC